AUGGACGACAUCUCGCUGCUGGAGCAGUACCUGGAGCGCUGUGGAGGGCAGGAUGACCUCUCAACUAGUCCUCAGCUGUUGGCUCGCAUGAGCCCUUAUGAUGUAGACCUUCCAAUUCAAACAACUGAAGACGUGGUGUUUGGCUCUCAGUUUAACCAGCCCAAAGAGCUUCCUACAGACUUCUCCUCCGUGGACCUCAGCUUUCUUCCAGAUAUUGCUCAAGAUAGCAAAGAACAAAAUCUAUCUGAAGAUGGCCAUGAAAUGCAAAAAGGGGUUGAUGGGUCGAUACCAAGAAAUGAGAACGGUGGUGUCUUCAUGGAUGAAAGCAGCUUGUCACACCCAGAUACAACUCAGCUGUCCCCUGAAGCAUCUCAUGCGUGUCCUCCCCUGACACUAAUGACUCCUAUGACCCCAGUGACACCUGCAUCAGAAAGCUCUGACAUAGUUCCUCAGUUACAGAACAUAGUGUCGACUGUAAACUUGGCGUGUAAACUAGAUCUGAGGUACAUAGUUCUGCAUGCCAGAAAUGCAGAGUAUAACCCAAAGAGGUUUGCUGCUGUGAUCAUGAGAAUCAGGGAGCCACGAACAACAGCCCUCAUCUUUAGUUCAGGAAAACUGAUCUGCACAGGAGCAAAAAGCGAAGAGCAAUCGCGGGUGGCAGCCAGGAAGUUCGCACGCGUGGUGCAGAAGCUUGGGUUCCCUGUUAGGUUCCUGAACUUCAAGAUCCAGAAUAUGGUUGGGAGCUGUGAUGUGACGUUCACCAUCCGCCUGGAAACCUUGGCUCUCACUCACAAGCAGUUCUGCAGUUAUGAACCUGAACUAUUUCCUGGCCUUGUUUAUAGAAUGGUCAAGCCAAGGAUAGUGCUGCUUAUCUUCGUGUCUGGAAAAGUUGUGCUGACUGGAGCAAAAGAGCGUUCUGAAAUCUAUGAGGCGUUUGAGAAAAUCCACCCCAUUCUAAAAGGUUUCAAGAAAGCAUCACAACAUGGCCCAUAA